AUGAAGAGGCUGCAGCUCCAACGAUGGAGCAAUUCGGUCCUGUCGACGCGGGCUCGGACUGGUAGUCACCUGCAGUACCAUCUCUACAAUGUCGUGCGCUGUCAAUCUUCAACGGCGGCUGCGGUUCGGCCAGAUUUCUCGGUCGGGGAGGCCGAACACGAGACCUUCGAAGAGAUCAAACUCAAGACUAUCCUCCGCAGAACACACUCGCGACCCAACCAAUUGAAAUAUCCCUCUCCUCCGACGCACGCAGCACGCGAGUCCGCCAAACUUGCUGCCCUCCACGCCCGACUCUACCUCCCUUCUCGAUUACCCUACGAGACCCUCGCACGAACAUUGGUGGAUGCUUCCGCGGAUCAGGACCCCAAUUUUAACAAUGAAUCGCUUUCUACGCUAGGGCACGACCUCCUUACCUACUACACCUCCGAGUACCUCAUCUGCACCUACCCUCGUCUGCCAUUGAGUGUCAUCUUCGCUUCCAUGUAUGCCUAUGUUGGGCCCAAGACCCUAACGGCCAUGGCAAGGGAAUGGGGCGUGGAACACGCGACCAGUCCCGGUGGAGAGGUCGACCCCGGCCUGCUGCAGUUCCAAAGGCUUGCCCCGGGCACCGAGCUGCAAGAAAAAGAAGACGGACCACGUCCAUAUCAGAGCCAACCUCACUGGAGGAAGACCGUUACCUCCAAAAUCUUUUAUGACAACGAGUUCGGCGAUACGGCCAAGACCGCCGCGGGGGGCGUCUCUGCCGAUCAAGCGAGUGCCACCUUCGUCCGCGCCGUCAUGGGCGCCAUUUACCUGCAUGCCGGCCGUCCGGCCGCCAAGCGGUUUUUCCAGCAACACUUUCUCUCCCGACACCUCAACAUGGCCGAGUUGUUCAACUUUGAGCAGCCGACUCGGGACCUGACCCGGCUGUGCGCGCGUGAGAACUUCGAGCGCCCCGUUGCCAAGGUCAUCGCCGAGACUGGUCGGAAGAGUAGGCAUCCCGUGUUUGUGGUGGGCAUUUUCUCCGGCCAGGACAAGCUGGGUGAAGGACAGGGUGCCAGUCUAGGUGAGGCCCGAGAGCGAGCCGCCGUGGCGGCGCUGAAGGGGUGGUACCUCUACAGCCCGCUCAAUGUGCGCCUCCCCAGUGCGAUGGAGGAGGACGAAGCCGCGCCGUGGAAGCCCGUCCAUGUGGACCUGGGUGAGGUGAUUGUCUAA